AUGAGGCAGCUUGAAAAUAAUCUUCAACCUACUAGGAGUUUGAAGGCAAAAUAUUUAUUACAAUCCAAAAGACUUAAAAAUGCCACAAGUCAAUACGAUGCUGGGAUCAUAAGUAUGUGGCAGUUUAUGCAAUUGACUUCGUAUACCACAUCAAGAUAUAUAUCUCGACAUAUAAAUUGGAUCAAUGAGGUAGAACCAAAUUCUGAGCCAGAAGUGGAAGCUGCUGCUGUUGUACAGCCUAUUCAGGAACCACAACUGCCUAUAGCUCCACAAGUGUCAACGUGCAUGGUAUGUUUGAAUGCAAGAGCAGCAAAUAUUCAACAGUAUAUUGUUAUUCCUUGUGGUCAUGCAUGGGUUUGCAACAAUUGCAUUACAUCGCUUCCAGCAUCAACAAGAUGCCCUUUAUGUCGAAUGGAAGAAGUCACUUUUCAAAGAAUUUUCUUAGACUAA